CCAAGGGGUGGCCGAGGAAGUCCCGCGGCCCUCGGGACGCUCUUGUGUCCUCCGCAUCAGGACUGCUUGGUGCGACCAUUACCACAGACAACAGCAACGGUGGAUCUCACGCAAGUGAGGGGCGCCUGCCCUCAGCGCUCUGCUGGACUGGUAAGUCCAGCCUCAGACAGGAGUCGCCGACGGUUUUCCAAUAGCAGAGCACUCUUGAGGAGUGGCAUUCUUGAUUCUUCAUGCAGUCAUGGAUCUGGAGAAACCAUCUGUCUGGGGCUCAUUAAAACAGCGGACCAGACCAUUGUUAAGCAACCUGAGCAAGAAGAAAGUUAAAAAGACCCCAAGCAAACCCUUGGACUUAAGGGUGAGGCAUCAUCUGGACCGGCGCCUUAGCCUCUCGGUGCCUGACCUCCUGGAAGCAGAAGCCUUGGACCCUGAGGGCCGGCCCUACUCGGGACCUCAGUCAUCCUACACCUCGGUACCCAACAGCCUGUCCACGGCAGGCAUUGUCCCCAAGAGCAGCAGCAGCUCCCUAAAGCAAUCUGAGGAGGAACUGGACUGGAGCCAGGAGGAAGCAAGCCAUGUACUCGGGGUGGACACCGACUCAGAGGAUAUCUAUGCCUCUUUUGCGGAGGAGCGGCAGGCAUCCAGCCAGAGUGGCCUGGAUCCGCACAAACAUCCCCUUGGAGAGGAUGCUCCGGAAGAGACAGAGAAGCCGCAUGGCAACGACGAUCUUAAUACUUCUAUGACAUCUCAUCAUUUUGAAGAAGAAUCUACGCUUGGAGAAGCCGGGGAUUGCCUGAGCCACCUCCCCAGCCCCUUCGCAUACCUCCUCACCAUACACCUGAAGGAAGGCCGCAACCUCGUGGUCCGGGAUCGCUGCGGCACGAGUGACCCGUAUGUAAAAUUUAAGCUGAAUGGGAAGACGCUGUACAAAAGCAAAGUCAUAUAUAAGAACUUGAACCCUAUUUGGGAUGAGAUAGUUGUGUUGCCAAUACAAAGCCUCGAUCAAAAGCUUCGUGUGAAGGUGUACGAUCGAGACUUAACCACAUCUGACUUCAUGGGUUCUGCCUUUGUCGUUCUCAGGGACCUUGAACUUAACAGGACUACUGAGCAUGUUUUAAAACUGGAAGAUCCGAACAGUUUGGAAGAUGACAUGGGAGUGAUUGUGUUAAAUCUGAACCUAAAUGUAAAACAGGGCGAUUUCAAGAGGCACCGUUGGUCAAAUCGGAAGCGGUUAAGUGCCAGCAAGUCCUCUUUGAUCCGCAACCUCCGGCUCUCAGAGUCCCUGAGAAAAAACCAACUCUGGAAUGGGAUUAUAAGUAUAACGCUGUUGGAAGGGAAGAAUGUCUCAGGAGGGAAUAUGACAGAGAUGUUUGUUCAGUUAAAACUGGGAGACCAGAGAUACAAAAGCAAGACACUGUGUAAGAGUGCAAACCCGCAAUGGCAGGAACAGUUUGACUUUCACUACUUCUCUGACAGGAUGGGCAUUUUGGACAUUGAAGUGUGGGGAAAGGACAGGAAAAAGCACGAGGAGCGACUGGGCACGUGUAAAGUGGAUAUUUCAGGCCUCCCGCUGAAGCAAGACAACUGCUUGGAGCUGCCUCUGGACAGCUGCCUGGGGGCCCUCCUCAUGUUGAUCACCCUGACUCCCUGUACCGGAGUCUCCAUCUCCGACCUCUGUGUCUGCCCCUUGGAGGAUCCCAGCGAGCGGAAGCAGAUUUCCCAGCGAUAUGCCUUACAGAACUCACUGAGAGACGUGAAAGACGUUGGCCUUCUCCAGGUGAAGGUUCUGAAGGCGGUGGACCUCUUGGCAGCAGAUUUCUCAGGGAAGAGUGAUCCUUUCUGCCUGCUGGAGUUGGGCAACGACCGACUUCAGACACACACCAUUUACAAAACCCUCAAUCCUGAGUGGAACAAAGUUUUCACAUUCCCUAUUAAGGAUAUCCACGAUGUUUUGGAAGUGACGGUGUUUGAUGAGGAUGGAGAUAAAGCCCCGGAUUUUCUCGGAAAAGUGGCCAUCCCCUUGCUGUCUAUUAGAGAUGGACAACCAAACUGUUACGUGUUGAAGAAUAAAGAUUUGGAACAGGCUUUUAAAGGGCUUAUUUACUUAGAGAUGGACCUCAUAUAUAAUCCAGUCAAAGCAAGUAUCAGGACCUUCGCUCCAAGAGAGAAGCGCUUUGUGGAAGACAGCCGCAAGCUGUCCAAAAAGAUCUUAUCAAGAGAUGCAGACAGGGUGAAAAAACUCACGAUGGCAGUAUGGAAUACAAUACAGUUCUUCAAAAGCUGCUUCCAGUGGGAGUCCACGCUGAGAAGUACAAUAGCGUUUGUGGUGUUUUUGGUCACUGUCUGGAAUUUUGAACUCUACAUGAUCCCUCUGGCAUUGUUGCUGAUCUUUCUGUACAACUUCCUCAGACCCAUGAAAGGGAAGGCCAGCAGCACACAGGACAGCCAGGAGAGCACGGACGUAGAGGAGGAAGAGGAGGAGGAGAAGGAAUCUGAGAAAAAGGGAUUAAUUGAGAGAAUCUAUAUGGUACAAGAUAUUGUUUCCACUGCCCAGAACAUCUUGGAGGAAGUCGCUUCCUUCGGAGAAAGGAUUAAGAACAUGUUUAACUGGACGGUGCCCUUUCUUUCCCUGCUGGCCUGUUUGAUUCUGGUCAUAGCCACGGUGGCUUUGUAUUUCAUUCCUCUGCGGUAUAUCAUUCUGCUCUGGGGCAUAAAUAAAUUUACUAAGAAGCUUCGAAAUCCUUAUUCCAUCGACAAUAAUGAGCUGCUGGAUUUUCUCUCCAGGGUGCCCUCGGACGUUCAAAAGGUGCAGUAUGCAGAGCUGAAGCUCGGUGGCAGCCACAGCCCACUUCGGAAGAAGCGGAGUACCGUCUAGGGCUCACGCUGACUGAGGACCCCAGGCUCCCGCGUGUAGCUGAUCAGACCUCCGUUGGGGUUGCUCCAGUGGUAUGGAGGUGCCUGGAAAUGGGUGCUCUGUGCAGCUCUCUCAUCAUCCUCUACUCUCUUCACAUCUACGGAUGCGCACAAGCCUGCACAUAUGUCCCCAUGCAUGGGUAUCCUGAUGCCUACACAGUCAGCUCAACCAAAGUCACCAAGUCUAAGACUGUGAGAGUCUCUCAUCCAUUUGUAGGAAAGACAUAAAACAAGGUGGCCACAGAGCUGAACUCUGUCCGUGAGAGCAAACAGGAGACUCACCUGAUUCUAGGAUGAUGCUGAACUUACUUCAAUACCGUCAGCAGAUUUUCACUAAGAUACAGUCAUUUCCGUCUGGAGCUGGUGUGGCUCACAAUCACAACAAUGAAGAAGCCAAGGCAGGACAGUCGCAAGCUCUGUGCCAGCCCAAGAGUUGUAACAUUCCAGUCUCUGCUCUGUUACAUAGUUCUGUCAUAAAAUGCGGCAAUCCACAGAGGUGAGGUUCUUUCCGGUCUCACCCUCACCCCCACCCCCUGCACUUGUUUCAGAUUAUUCUGCCACCGUUUAUCUAUCCAGAUGAUGUGCAUUAGAACAUGAACAUUUAGUGAUGUCUAGAACUAACCCAAAUAUAUUGGAAUCAGCUGUGAUUCCUCAAGUCAUGGUCAUGAUUUUGAUGACCGUUCAGUAAUGGAUGCCAGCCUGGAUGGCAUUUCAGCUGUGGUUGGCAAGGGGUGUCACCGACGGUCCCAAUGAAGAAUAAGGAUUUAAUGAUAAUAUUUUGUUGCUGGGAAAAUGCCAUUUCCUCCAACUUCACUUUUCUCGUAUUACCAAAACCAGAUGUCAGUAUGCAUCCUUGCAGAGAUGAUGCGGGUUGGGGGAGACUAAUUAGUAAAUGCAGGAAGUACUUAGGAAUAUGAACGUAGGAAGGGACUUACUUAGAGACUUGGUGAAAUACAGUCAUUUCAGUGACCCGAUGUUGUAAGCAGACAGUUAACAUGCUUUUGGCUGUCUGAAUUUGUCUUUUGUUUUUCUCAGGGUCAAAAUAAGAUAAAGACAAUACAAUUUCAUUUCAAAGCCCUGUUCAUACCAAACAACCACCAAAAAGUCCUCUCUAAAUAGCAUGCGUAUGAGUCCUGAGCUCCUAACAACUCCACAGCACACCCGGCUAAUUUGAAAACAAUUAAUUUUGUGCAUGUAGAAAAUGUAUACAGAUCUUAUUGUGUUAAAAUUAUAUAUAAGCUUUAAAAUCUGUAUUUCCUUGACACAUACUUGCUAUGUGAUGUUUGUAUAUAUAUAUAUAUAUACAGUUAUAUAUUAUAAAGAGAAGUUGAAGCGAAAAGAUGGAAUUUACUUAUGUUUACUUCUUUCUUUGUUUGUUUCUGCAUUGUAACUUAAUAACCUUCUAACAAAAUGUUUUAUGAAAAAUGCCAAAGAUUCUAAACUUUAUCAUCUCACGUCUGUUUUUCUUCAUAUUCUUCUUCCUGGUUUCUUUGUGGCAGAGCCCGAUUCCUGCAUGAUUUGAUUUACUUCAAGUUAAUGAAGCUGGCUGGAAAAGAGCCUUGAAGAGAUUCUAAAAGCCCCAGUAAAUCUGUUAGUUGUACAUACAAUAGCUACUCGAGAACGUCUUUGUCUAACCAGUUACUCAAUCUUCUGUGUAAACAAUACCGCAUUGUCUUGUUCCUGUCAUCCAGUUUAUCAUAGUCUGUCAUUUAGUAAUGACCCAAGGCAGACAUCUUUAAGCCGACGUGUGAGAUCUGAUCAGUCAUUGGAAUGAAAACUUUUGGGAGCAAAAUAACCCCUUAUUUAUUUAAAUGUAGAUCCCAUCCUUCAUGACUGUUCUUUUGCUUUAGAAUUUCUAAAUGAAAUAAUUUAUCAGACAAGAAGGUAUCAUUAGUGAGGAUUCUUUUCUCUCUAGCCCAAAUAGAACUCACAGCAUUAAAUUUAGGACACAAAUGCCAGCUGGUAUUUGGGAGCAAGACAGGGCCAACUUCUCCUAAACUCUCUACUGAAGACAAUCACUAGUUGAUUAAAUUGACAUUGCGUGUGAGAAAAUGAGUGUCUUUUGGAAGUGAAAUGUUAAGAUUUAUAUAAUUAUUAUAGUUGUACAGGUCUAAUCUUUGCAGACUCUGUUUAGCCCAGGAUCUCAGAAAAUGAUAAAUACUAUAAUUUAAUACCUUAUUCCAUCUUGAGGAAGCACCUGUCACAAACUGUGGGCAGAACUAUUAUCCUUGUGUGCAUGACACCAAAACUAUUAUGAGUUUCCUUUUUCUUCCACCACUAUUUGAUACACAAAAGGAAGAUUUAUUUUAACCCAAGAUCUUACCCACUUCUUCAAGAUCUUUCUUCUUCUUCCUGAGAAUGUUGACAAUUUGCGCUUCUGGAAAGCACUCCUAUGGCAUGUCCAGAUUUGUCAGCAUGACAGUUUGUAUGCUUUGGGACCAGUAUUGAAUAACAUGCAUGCUACUAGAAUAGAAUCACUGCAGUACCACAGCAGUGAAUUUGAUAGCUGAUCACCACUCUCAAAACAGAAAAGACAAAUGAAACUAAAUUCCCCACACUUCAACAAUUCAGACAUAAGUAUUUGGAGCCUCAUUCCCUAGUGUCCCAACAUGCCUUACAUUGACAUCUGGAGCCUAACCCUUAAAUACUCACAGCACUUCACACAAAAGACCAGUGUAGUGGGAUAUUUGUAAUCUGUGUGAAAAUGUUAUUGCUAUGAUUGAUGGAAUAAAAAGCUGAAUGGCCAAUAGCUAGGGAGGCGGUAUAGGUGGGACCUCCUGGGACGAAGAGGACUCUGGGAAGGAAAAGGCAGAGCUGCCAGUCAGCUAUGGAGAGGAAACGGGAGGAACAAGAUGGAAGAAAGCUAAUGCCAUGGGACAGAACAGAGAUUUAAAAAUAUGAGUUAAUUCAAGUUAUAAGAGCUAGUUAGGAACAAGCCAAAAAUAUUGGCUGAGCUUUCAUAGUUAAUAAGAAACCUCCAGGUCAUUAUUUGGGAGCUGGCUGGUGGGAUAGAGAAAGACUCAACUCCUUACUGGCAAGUCUUUAGAACAUGAAUCUUAUUAUAAAACUUACUUAGAAGCAGUACCAAGAGCUCCAUUUGACCCCUCAGACUUGGGCCAACAUGUGAAUUCCAUGAUAAAAAGACUAAGUGAUUUCUCUUUUACUUGCAAUAACGUAACUACCAUCUGCUUCUCUGAGUGGCAUGAUUUUUUCUCUCUCUAGAAGCUCACUCACUGUUUUAUUGGAGUAUAUUUCAAUAAAUUAUGUAUUUGUGUCUUGGUAAAUUAUUUUGUUAGUGCAUCACUGUCUUUCCUAUGUUGUUUUGCAUGGCAUCUGCUUUGUGACUAGCAGGCAGGUAGCAUACGUAGUGUGGAUACUCAGAAUGGAGGUCCAAUCACGUCUAGGAAAAGAUGGACGAUAAGGUGCAAGAUAUAGCCACAUUAGACAGAGUGUGUGAAAUCCACUUAAUGAUCUUGGAGAAAUUUGAAAAUUGCAUAUUCACACUGUUUGACUUAAAGAUAAUUAAGUGGAAAUACUGAAGUUGUAUGAAGUGUUCACAGUUCUCUUUUUAACCCCAUACUCCCAUUUCUAGCUCUACCAAAAUACCUUAAAGGCUUGUCUCCUGGACCGGGGGAGGGGGGGCAGGGGUCUCCUUGGAUAUACUUAAUUAAAAUGUUUGUACUUUUCUCUCAUCUCCAAACCCAUAAAAUGUAGUCACUUAAGGGUCGAUGUGGUCGUGUUUCUAUCCUGAUGGCCAUGACCACCUUGCAGGUCAACUGUCUGCAGUAUCCACAUAUCAUGCAAAUGGUGUUAGUGCUGGCAGUCCUAUUGGGCUGGGCUAGUCUUCUUACAGAUAUCCCUUUCACUGUUGAUCGCUCCCCCUAGUAUUUCUCACUAAGUAAAUUCUGUUCUUCAAAUCGUUCAAAGUUCUGCUCUGAUGAUGCUACCUUUGUCUUUAUGCUCUAUGAGUUUCCACUUCCUAAUGCAGUGUUAUGGUGAGGGCAUCAGCUGGUGAGUUUGGCCGUGUUAACAGUGCACAUCACUUAUGAAAACAAUCUUGCCAUCCUGAAGGACCUUCAUCCAAAUUACCUUCCGAAUGCCUUGUCUUCAAGCACAAAUAUCCAAUAAUUUGAAGAACACGGUUUGAGGGAAUGAACUUUAGAGGAUUCAACCGAAACAUCAAAAAAAAUCUUUACGUCUAUUGUAGGUCAAAGCUCCCACAGGCCUUGUCCCUGGUAUUCUCUCCAGAACACGCCAACAUGUAAGUCACUCCGAAACAUGGAUCUAACAGUACAACCACAGACCAUUUGUGUUUAUGUCUUUUCAUAUGUUGCUAUUAGAAAAAAGUAAUAAUAAGGAUAGAUUAUUAUUCAUAUCCUGGAUAAUAAUUAUUACAUGAAGUAGAGAGCUUAUUUUGUAUGAUAUAUAUGAUUUCUGGCUAUGUUAAUGUCAAACCAUUCAAUUAUACAAUGUCUUAAAUUUGAAGACAUUCUUACAAGGCAAUAGAAAAAUGUAAUAUUUGUGAACUAUAAAAUGACUUUUUGAUUCUUCUCUUAUUUUCUUGUAACUUAGCAAUUAACAUAUUAAACACAGAUUGGUACGCAUGAGCAGAAUAGGCAACAUUCCCCUAGUGGAGCCAGAUAGCAAUGGACUGAAGUUUUAUAAAACUUUUGUUCUAGUUGCAGUGGGUGGCUUAGCAAUUAGGAAAGUAUAGAGAAUAGUUCUGAGUCAUUUGUAGUGUUCCUAAAAUAGACUAAUGGUGCCCCAGGCUUAUGUAGCAUUGUACAGUGAGAGCAAAUAGCAAAGUCUAAUUGGGAAAUUAUAAGAGAAAAUGAGGAGGAAUUGGCAUCACUGGGGAGAGAGAGCGGAGUCAAAGAUGGCUGUUUGAUUCAAGGAAAUAAAAUGUAUGUAAUUUAUAGUCUUUCUCCAAGUCUAGGGAAGUAGUGUUGAUCUUUUGCUAUUGAAAUUAGUAGAGUGGGAAUCAUGGGUGGACUAUGGGAGUCAGUAUUGAGGUUGAGGAGCCUAAAGAGCCUCCAAUGGCAAUAAUAAGAAGGUAAUAAUGAUAGCCAUAGUGAUAAUAAUAAUAAAUAAUGAGAAGGUAACACUGUGUGUAGAAAGUGCUCAAAGAAGAAGCAUUCCAUACCUAGGAGAAGUAUAUUUCAGGACUAUCACUCAAACUGAGGAAAGCCUUGCUGUCUCAGAAAAUGGGUCUUGAAGACAGCAUUCAAACAUGUAAUCAUGAGGUGGUUAAGAGUGUGGAUAACCAAGCUGGCUUAUUUGGUAAAGCCCCAGGUGUACCAGCGUGAGAACCAGAAUUCAGAUU